AUGAACGGUGUUCCGGAUAUUAGAAAAAUAGAAAAAUCAAUUCAUGAAAAAGAUGCAAAAAUCAAUCAAUUAUCAAAAGAAUUACAAAGGUUAUCAACAGAUGUUUCAAAAUUAAGAGAAGAGUUGACACCUAUUUGGAAAAUGGCAAAAGAAAAUAAGCCAAGGACACACAUUCAUCUAUCAUCUAGUAAUAAUAAUAAUAACGAGUCACCACACUUGAAUGCUAAUGUUGGAUUAAAUACUGGUAGAUUUAGAGUGUCACUUGAAGAUCCAUGUUAUAAAGUAUUACCAUCAGCUCUUAAAAAAUAUAAAGUACAUGAUGAUUGGAGAAAAUACGCUUUAUUUAUUUGUUUUGGAAGUAAAGAUAAUCCGGUAGAACGUUGUCUAAGUUAUGAUGAGAAACCAUUACUUUUAUUUCAAAAAUUAAAAGAAGCAAAUCAAAAUCCAGUUUUCAUGUUAAAAAAUAUCAAAGAAAUUAAAUCGCCAGUUGCAACUGCUGAAGAAAUACUUAAUUCCCUGAAAGCCAAUAAAUCUAAAAGACAAGAUCAAGAUGAAGAAAUGAUAGUUGAGGGCGAUUGUACAGCUGUUGCGAUAUACCCGUAUGUGCCGGAACUUGAUGAUGAGCUUAAUGUAGUCGUUGGCGAUAUUUUUAAAAUCAGAAGCAAGUCAGGCGGUUGGUGUUAUUGUGAAAAAAAUGGUCAGUAUGGUUGGGUACCAGCAAAUUUCUUGCUUGAAACAAAUGUCAAUGGUGGUGAUAUUAUGGAUGAUGAUAAUCCAUAUGUUGGUAGAGGUAUAGCAUUGAUAGACUAUCAACGAAAUACGGAUGAUGAAUUGAGUAUGAAUAAAGACGAUACAUUACGUAUUUAUAAAAAACAAGAUUAUUGGUAUUAUUGUGAGUUGAAUGAUGAUCGUGGUUGGGUCCCAAGUUGGUACGUCAAGAUUGAAAAAGAUCUUAUCGAUUAUGAACACGAGGUAAUCUGA